AUACACUGUUAAUGCAUAUGCGUGUAAAACAUCCCACUGAAUGCGUGUGCGGCCUCUGCGGGAGCACAUUUGCAACUACACGGGGGCUGUCCGUACACAAUAUGUCGCAACACAGGCAGGAAACCAACGAAGGAAACGGUCCAAAUUGUGAAGUAUGUGGAGUGAAAUUCGCUACAGUAAUCGCUUGGAAAAAACAUUUGGUGCUAUCUUCUAAACAUGAAGUGAGCAACGGCUGUGAGUUUUGCGGCGAGACGUUCGCUGACGAGGCCAGCCUCAAGCUGCAUUUGAAGAAGCACGCUCGCAAACAAAGCGGGCGAGUGCCUCCGGUGCAAAUACCUUCCAAGUGUGUUAUUUGUGCAGAAUGGCUGACGAGUCGAGACCAGUACAAGACUCACAUGACGUCAUUACAUCCGCUCUCCGCUGAAGCAAAGCGGAUCGACUUCGUCGAACGGAAGAAGCCGGGCUCCGUCAUUUGCGAAGUGUGUGGAAAAAUGGUUAAGAGUAAAUCGCUUCUAGUGUACCACCAACGCAAACACACAGGCGAGCGGCCGCUGCAGUGCUCCCGCUGCGACAAGCGUUUCGACGCACCCGCGACGCUGCACGCGCACGUGUAUGCGCGACAUACGAACGUAAACUUGCCCUGCCACAUGUGCCACAAACGAUUCUCCAACAGGAACGCGCUAGCAAAACACAUUAAGAUCCACCUCGGUAUACGUCCGUACAAGUGCUCAAUCUGCAACAAGGCAUUCCCGCACCUCUGCGAUGUGAAAGUCCACAUGAAACACGCACAUUACAAAGUACCAUGGCCGAAGAAACGAGAUAGAAAUAAGCAGAAGACUGAGAAUACUGAGACAGAGUGAAUCAGCAAAUAUACCACCUUAACUUACUAAAUAACAACUAAUCAAUAAAAAGUUAUAAAAUGACAUAGUAUAAUUAGAGCAAGUUGGGCAACUCUUACACUUUGCUUGGAGCGAAGUAUUGUCACAUUAGUAUUGCAGUAUUUAUUUAUUAGCGAACAUGCAAUAAAAUUCCAUUACAUGUGCCUUGUAAGGGCGUAGCUAAGACUUAAAAAUAUACU